UUCGGCGCAGGUUCCGACGCUGCUGCUGCUGCCGGUGGAAGCGCGUCAACUGGGUGGCAGGAUCGGCAGCCACUGGCCGGCCUAACCCUGACGGCCUUCUCGGAGAACCUCAAGUCUCCGGAGAACCGGUUCUCCAACGACGGCGAGCUCCGAACCACCCUGCGUAUCACGCCCACCGUCGCGCAGGCAGGCCCGCUGGCGCCGCCCCUCAACGUCCGGGCCUACGAGGGGUCGGUACCGGGGCCCACCCUCAGGGUCAAGCCCGGCGACAGGCUGGUGGUGACUCUCGUGAACGAUUUAGAGUCCCCCGAGGGAGACCCUGGGGUGGGCGGGGGGACCGAGGGGGGGGGGGGGGGNNNGGGGGGGGGGGGGGGGGGGGGGGGGGGGGGGGGGGGGGGGGGGGGGGGGGGGGCGAUGGGCGGGCGGCGCUGGAGGGCAAGGUGGAGGCCUGGCCGAACGUAACGAACUUGCACGUGCACGGGCUGCACGUGUCGCCGUCCGGGGUGAGCGACAACAUCUACCGACGAGCGAAUCCCGGCGAUAGCUUGGAGUACGUGUACGAUCUCCCUCCCGACCAUUAUCCGGGCACCUUCUACUACCAUCCGCACUUCGAGGGAUCUAGCUCCAUGCAGACGCUGGGUGGCAUGUCAGGAGCUAUAGUCGUUGAGGAUCCCGAAGGGAGCCUUCCCCCUGAGAUCGAGGCCAUGCGGGAGGUCGUGAUGGUUUUGCAGGAGACCAACAUUGAGUCAGGCACCCUGCGCAACUACAAGGCCGCCUCCGAGAUAGCCGGCAGCAACAUGCCGCUGUACGGUGGCGGCGGCGGCAGCAGCCGGGCGGAGAGCAAGGACGAGAAAGGGGAAACAGCCCAAGAUGAGGAAGGGGAAAGCGAGGUGCUGCACUUCGCGACGGUGAACGGGCAGUACCAGCCGAUCGUCCAGGCGCAGCCGGGAGAGGCGUUCCGCGUCCGGUUGAUCCACGGCGGGAACAACGACCACAUGCACGUGUCCCUCGUACCCACAGAUGCUGCCGCUGCCGCCACCGCUACGGCUACAGCACAAGGCACCGGCCAAGGGGGACGGCGAGAAGAUGGCCCCGCCGAAGACCACAGCGGGGGGGGUAAGGCUUCAAGUGGCUGCACGCUGCUCACGCUAGCGAGAGACGGGGUCUACCUUCGCCAGGCGCCGAGGCUGCAGAGUGGGGGUGGGCACGUGGUGAUCGCGCCCGGCUCGCGCGCUGACUUGGCCGUGCUGUGCGAGGAGGCGGGGGUGUAUCGGCUGGCUUCGUCAAAGGGAGGCAACGACGAGGAAGAGCAGGACUCCAUCAUGUCGUAUCUCGGGCAGGAAACCGACGUGUUUGAGGGGACGUUGGCUUUCGUGGACGUCGGCGGUGAUGCCCUGGACAUGGAGCUGCCGGAGAAAUCGCCGGCCGCCGCCGGCUCUGAUCGACUGCUGCAAGACCUGCGAGACAUCCCAGAUAACGAGGUGUCUCGCUUCGUGUUCGAGUUCAACGCCGCCGAUAAGGUGUCCCACCUCGGCAACACGUACACCUGGUACGGCGUGAACGGAGUCCAGUACACCAACUCCUCCCAUAUAAUGCGCAGGGUGCCUCUCGGCUCGGUAGAAGAGUGGGUCGUCGUCAACCAGAGAAAGGGGAGGGGGGAGGGGGAGCAAGGGUUACCGGUCGGUUGUGACAGAGGGGGCCCCGGGGAGGUAACCGCCGACGGACACCCGUUCCACUUGCACGUCAACCACUUUCAGGUGGUGGGCAGCAGCUGGGGGGACGAUGGACCGGACUGGAGCGUGGGGGACUGGCGAGACACCAUUUCGAUACCCACACCGGGAAACGUGACGAUUCGCUGGAGAGCAGACGACUUUACCGGCGAGGCCGUCGCACACUGCCACAUCUUCGGCCACAGCGACACGGGAAUGAUGAUGAAUUUCGAGAUUUUCGAUUCGAUUUGAUGCUGCGAGCGAGUAGAAGGGAAGUGGCUUGGUCUCAGUCUGUUGUUUCAUUUUUUUUUCUGCUGUUCAUUGUUCUCCCGAGUUCGAGUGCGUGGCAGGUACGUGACGUUGUGCAUGACAGAAUGCCUCUUUACAAUACCCACUACUCUCUUUCAACUGUGCUUGAUGUUUCAUGGCUACAUGUCAUCACAAACGGCUAGAGGGGUUGCAUCAAAUCCCCCAGACCAAGAGAGUCAGUGCGGAUGCUGACGUUUUUACUUCGGUCUAAGGCUUUUUUUACGUCCGUUCGUCCAUCCGUGUUGCUUCGUUCUUGGAAUACCACAUUUGUGUGCUUGUCGUACCUGCCUAUGGAAUGCUUACCCCGGGUGGGGUGCAUUUGCUACGGUAUCUUGAGGUGGGGCGGUAACUGUAUAUAGUGAGAGCUCGCUUGCGGUGUAGGGGGGUAGACCCGCUAGUGAGAUAUGUAUGUAUGGUUUGUUUGCCGUCCUCCUCGUUGUGUUGGUGUACUACUGUACUGCUCUACGUCGAUAACCUUCAUCGAAGAUUGAAGAAAUAGUAGCACCUUAUCGAAGGAAGGUCAAACCGCAGGCGAUGCCGUGGCGGUUCUUUGCCAAUGUACGAACGAGGGAGGCCGAGAGAGAGGUUGCCUUCGCCGCUUUUCGUGUGUGUCUGGCUGUACGCAUACUCUCCCGUAGUAUUCUGAUGUGCAAUCUGGCCUCUUCCUUGUCAUCCCCCAUGCGCUGUUUCAGCCUUGGCUCCAAGCCCCAAAAUACAAUGAAACAACCGUUUUUUUGUUAG